GCUGGGGUGAGCAGCACUGUGAAGAUGAAGCUGGCUAACUGGUACUGGCUGAGCUCAGCUGUUCUUGCCACUUACAGUUUUUUGGUUGUGGCAAACAAUGAAACAGAAGAAAUUCAAGAUGAAAGAGCAAAGGACAUCUGCCCAGUGAGACUAGAAAGCAGAGGGAAAUGCGAAGAGGCAGGGGAGUGCCCCUACCAGGUAAGCCUGCCCCCCUUGACUAUUCAGCUCCCGAAGCAAUUCAGCAGGAUCGAGGAGGUGUUCAAAGAAGUCCAGAACCUCAAGGAAAUCGUAAACAGUCUAAAGAAAUCUUGCCAAGACUGCAAGCUGCAGGCUGAUGACAACGGAGACCCAGGCAGAAAUGGACUGCUGUUACCCAGUACAGGAGCCCCGGGAGAGGUUGGUGAUAACAGAGUUAGAGAAUUAGAGAGUGAGGUUAACAAGCUGUCCUCUGAGCUAAAGAAUGCCAAAGAGGAGAUCAAUGUACUUCAUGGUCGCCUAGAGAAGCUGAAUCUUGUAAAUAUGAACAACAUAGAAAAUUAUGUUGACAGCAAAGUGGCAAAUCUAACAUUUGUUGUCAAUAGUUUGGAUGGCAAAUGUUCAAAGUGUCCCAGCCAAGAACAAAUACAGUCACGUCCAGUUCAACAUCUAAUAUAUAAAGAUUGCUCUGACUACUAUGCAAUAGGCAAAAGAAGCAGUGAGACCUACAGAGUUACACCUGAUCCCAAAAAUCGUAGCUUUGAAGUUUACUGUGACAUGGAGACCAUGGGGGGAGGCUGGACAGUGCUGCAGGCACGUCUCGAUGGGAGCACCAACUUCACCAGAACAUGGCAAGACUACAAAGCAGGCUUUGGAAACCUCAGAAGGGAAUUUUGGCUGGGGAACGAUAAAAUUCAUCUUCUGACCAAGAGUAAGGAAAUGAUUCUGAGAAUAGAUCUUGAAGACUUUAAUGGUGUCAAACUAUAUGCCUUGUAUGAUCAGUUUUACGUGGCCAAUGAGUUUCUCAAAUACCGUUUACACGUUGGUAACUAUAAUGGCACAGCUGGAGAUGCGUUACGUUUCAACAAACAUUACAACCAUGAUCUGAAGUUUUUCACCACCCCGGAUAAAGACAAUGAUCGAUAUCCUUCUGGGAACUGUGGGCUGUACUACAGUUCAGGCUGGUGGUUUGACGCAUGUCUUUCUGCAAACUUAAAUGGCAAAUAUUAUCACCAAAAAUACAGAGGUGUCCGUAAUGGGAUUUUCUGGGGCACCUGGCCUGGUGUAAGUGAGGCACACCCUGGUGGCUACAAGUCCUCCUUCAAAGAGGCUAAGAUGAUGAUCAGACCCAAGCACUUUAAGCCAUAAAUCACUCUGUUCAUUCCUCCAGGUAUUCGUUAUCUAACAGGACAAUUAAUUCCUUCAGCAUUUUAGAAUAUGCCUUGUUUCAUAUUUUUCAUAGCUAAAAAAUGAUGUCUGACUGCUAGGUUCUUAUGCUACACAGCAUUUGAAAUAAAGCUGAAAAACAAUGCAUUUUAAAGGGGUCCUUUGUUGUUAUGCUGUUAUCCACUGGACACUUGCAAGCAAUUAGGAAUAUUGAGAAUUAUACAUUAGAUUUAUUUAUAAUUCUCUUAAUUUCUAUUAAUUGAAACAUUUUCUAUUGCUUGUAUUACUUGCUAUAUUUAAAAAAUAAUUGUUGGCUGGGUGUGGUAGCUCACGCCUGUAAUCCCAGCACUUUGGAAUGUCAAGGCGGGCAGAUCAGUUGAGGUCAGGAGUUUGAG